AUGGCCUACACGUGCUCUGGAGGCCAAAGUGCUUCGCUCAAGUACGGAGGACGAGUGCCCGCAUUUCGGUACCCAGAUCGCCAAUGGCCGGACAAAGUACUGCAAAGAGCACCGGCCUUGUUCUCUACCGACCUUCGCGAUGGAAACCAGUCCAUGCCAAAUCCAAUGACAUUUGAGCAGAAGCUCCGCCUUUACAAGCUUCUGGUUUCAAUUGGAUUCAAGGAGAUAGAAGUGGCGUACCCUUGUGCCAACCAAGGAGAGUUCGACUUUGUGCGGCAUCUGGUCGAAACUCCGGGCCUUAUCCCAGACGAUGUGCUCAUUCAGGUCAUCACGCCCUGCCGGGAAGAAGCAAUCCAUAGAGCAGUCCAGAGCGUCCGCGGUGCGAAGCAGGCCGUUCUCUUCACCUAUCUCUCCAGCAGCGACAACUACCGAGACACGGUUCUGAGGAUCUCCGAGGACGAGUGGGUCGAGCGGGCACGUCAGGGAACUGCAUACGCCCGCUCCAUCACCAAAGACUCGACCGACCCUGCCGUCCGGCAAACCCGCUGGACGUUCAACUUCGGCUUCGAAGACUUCGCCAACGCACGGCUCUCGGCCAUCAUCCGCUGCACCGAAGCGGUCAAAGCCGUGUGGGGCCCCACGGCCGAGCAAAAGAUGAUCAUCGGCAUAGCCUCGAGCGUCGAGGCAUCGACGCCAAACGUGUUCGCCGACCAAGUCGAGUACCUGUCGCGCAACAUAUCCGGCCGUGACACAGUGCGGCUGACGGUGCACACGCACAACGACCGCGGCGGCGCCGUGUCCUCUGCGGAGCUGGCCAGCCUCGCCGGCGCCGACCGCAUCGAAGGGUGCCUCUUCGGCAACGGCGAGCGCGCCGGCAACAUGGACCUCGUCACGUUCGCGCUCAACCUCCUCACCCAAGGCAUCGACCCGGGCGUCGACUUUUCCCGCCUCGACGAGAUCCGCCGCGUGUGCGAGGACGUCACGAAGCUCCCGGUCCACCCUCGGACGCCGUACUCGGGCUCGUACUAUCUGAAGGCGUUUAGCGGCGCCCAUCAGGACGCCAUCGCCAAAGGCCUGCAGCGCCGCACAAUGGCCAUCAAGGCAGACGAGCAGAGUGCAGUCUGGCCGACUUGGCGGGUGCCGUACCUGCCCAUCGAUCCGGCUGAUAUCGGGCGCUCCUUGGACGAUGUCGUGGGCAUCAACAGCCAGAGCGGGAAGGGGGGCGUGGCGUGGAUCAUCGGUUCUGGCCUUGGCCUUGAUCUUCCCCCGGAGCUUGCGAGGCGUUUUGCGAGGACGAUCAAGGAGCGCUCUAGCCGGGGCGGCCGCGGCAUGGCUCCUGAAGAAGUGUGCAUGGCGUUCCUCGAGGCGUACCGAGUCGGCGAUGCGGCCGAAAAGCCGGUGGAUGAUGUUGCCAUCGAACUGGCCUUGAGUCGCGGCUCGUCCAUUGCUUCUGCACUCGGCCGGGAAGUGGGGCUGAUGGGAAUCAAAUCCAACACUACUUUCCAGCAGCUUCCCGGUGAUGCGGGGACUUGUGUUGCUUACUCCAGGUUGACCGCUGGCGCCGAUGGGGGAGAAAUGUGGGGUGUUGGAUUCGGCGCCAGCCAGCACGUGGCUGAAGUGCGUGCCAUUGUCUCUGCUCUUCGCACCGCGGGAUAUGUGAACGUCCCAUCGUGA